AUGACAACAACUCUUGAAAUACAUCAAAGUGGAAAAACAGAAAGUUGUCAAGAGGAGAGAUGUUCUGUUUUUCUCCUAGUAAGCUUAAGUGUAUAUUUUUGCACAUUAAAAACAAGAAUAUAUAAACUAGAAGUUAGAGACCAGAGGCCAAACUCGGGACCUGACAAGACAUCUGGGCUGCCCCGCAGGAUCAUCAGGGAAACCAAGCAUUUGUUGGCAGAACCAGAUCCUGGAGUCAAAGCAGAACCAGAUGAGACCAACACCCAGGAUUCCCCUUUUGAGGGAGGGACUUUUAAACCCGAACUAUUCUUUCCAGAAGAAUAUCCAAUGGCAGCACCUAAAGUGCAUUUCAUAACCAAAAUUUAUCAUCCUAAUGUAGACAAGUUGGGAAGAAUAUGUUUAGAUAAUCUAAAAGAUAAGUGGUCCCCAGCACUGCAGAUCUACACAGUUCUGCUAUUGAUCCAGGACCUGUUAAGUGCUCCCAAUCCAGAUGUUCCAUUAGCAAAUGAUAUAGAGGAACAUUGGAAGACCAACAAAGCCCGAGGCAUAGAAACAGCUAGACCAGGUACUAGGCUUUAUGUCAUGAACAAUAUUUAG